GCCGGGCAUGUUUCCACAUUAACGCAACAGGUGCCGCUGCCUCAAGCAGGAGCCACCGGUUCAGACCGUCCGAUUCUUACCGGCCCUCGCGUCGCAGCCCUGGGCGACCCAGGCCACCACUUCUGUGAAAGUCACCUGCUGCAUUAUUCCUCCUUAAACCUCACGCUGAGCGGGUACUUCUCCUUUCCGCAUAUACCCCCCCCGCAGCUCCGUGAACCACCGCGCUUGUUUUUCUUCAAACGAAGUCAAGAAAGCUGAGCACCAAGAACGAGCCCCAGCACGUUGGUGACGCGGACCCCGCGACAGAUACGCCGACCUCUCACCUCUACGCCGGCUCCCCGCCAAACUCCCCGAAACCCGACACACCAGCCAGUCUGCCUACUAGAGGGCCGAUGUAGCCCGCCCGGCCGGUGGCCACAGAACCGCCUCACACUACGGUACAGACGCACCUAGCCCUCCCUCGUGGGGGCGCGGGGCAGCACCUUCUCUCUCCUUCCGGUGGGAAAGAGCCUUUUCCGGUUUCCGGGAGUGGAGAGGAAGUCCCUCCCCCCACGCGUCACCGUAACUCAGCGGGACGCGCUGACGUACCACGGAUGCGCCCGCGGACGCGCGUGAGUGAUGUGUUCUGGAACCCAGAAGUCCGAAAUGAAGAUGUCAGCAGGAUCAUGUUUCCCCUGAAAUGCUGGGACACAUGAAUUCAAACACUUCAAUUGGAUCCAAGAAGUUUUCGUGGACAUGUGAGCUAUUCCCUUGAGGGAGAGCACCUAGCAACGUGUGGAGUGUGGCCAUUCCAAGAUGAGCUUCACAGGUAACUGGAGCAGCAGAAGUCCUCAGCUUGUCUUGUCUUCUCCCCAGGCCCUGACCGGGGCAGUCAGCACCAUUAAGUUCUUCCUCCCUGAGGCUUUCCUGGGUCGCCACUUCGAGACCGUGGAGUUGGAGGGCAGCGAGCCCGAGCCAGGAGACCUCUUCCUGUUCAGGCUGUUGUCCCCCACCGGACGCUGGUGCGGGGCCCACGUGGGUGUGUACUGUGGCCACGGGGAGAUCAUCCACUUUGAAGGGAGGAAUGUCGCCGGCCAAGGGCCUCACCCGUUACUGGGCUCCUAUGAAGGCAUCGUAUCCAAACAGGGGCAGCGCCCAAUGCUGCGCUCCCGCUCGCUGUGGCGUGUGCUGCGUAGACGUGGCGGCGUGGACCGCGUGGCUCUGGAGCACCGCGUGCGGGAGGCAAUGGAUGCGGACCCGCCCCCAUAUCACCCCACGCGCAGCAACUGCGUGCACUUUGCGCUGCGUCUGCUGGGCCCCAUGCCCAUCCCGGACCCCCUGCAAAUAGAUAGCGGUCCUAUUAACUCGGUGAGUGCUGCCCAGCUACCCUUGCACCACCUCACCUCACCUCCCAAGCCAGUUAACAAAUGCCGCUAACCAGUGUGCUCCUGCAAAAUUCACACUUUCCCUCCCAGCCCGGGCCACGCUCCUCA